GGCUGACGCUCGCUCGCGUCGGGCCCUGGGACCCUCACAGAUCGAUCCGGUUAGAAACAUGACGCAGAAAGAUUCCGUUGCCAUUUUGGCUUAAGGCAGCGACAGAACCCCACGUUUGAGACAAUGCGUCCACAGGUUCAUACCUAUCGGGCUCAGGCUCAGCACCAUGCGGGGGUAUUUCCAGGGGGGGCGUUUUUCUGAUGACAUCCUUCCUGGUCAAGGGCAUGCGCGACGACGGUAUCAUGGGUCUUUCCUUCAGCAUGGACGUUUCCUCGUUCAUCACUGCGUGCCCAGAUGAUGAUACAAUCUCUGAUGCUCCCAUGCGCUCUUCUGGCACGCUGCGCAAUCGCUCCGCUGAGAUGACGUUUGUUGGCGCGACGGUCAAAAGCACUGCUGAGAUGGCAGCCUCUCUGUCCAAGGAUAUCCGCAAGGCCUGUGGACGUUCAGCAGGACUGCGUUGCCGAUUGCUGGCUAGCAUCUGCCAUUGCCAGUAUGUCUCGUUUCCCAAAUGCAGUGAGAAGUGUUUUCGAGCAAGAGUGCGAGUCGAAGGGCCAUCGGUAUCAUGUCAUGCUCUAUAGCAAGGUUCAGCGGGCAUGGGUGAAUAUAUCGAUCGAUUACAGAAUUCCUGUGGAUGGUAACAGCACCAAAUUUACACAGGUUUCGGACAUGGGCAAGGUUGGCCUAAACUGUUGGAGAAAGCAGUCGCACAACUUCACGGUGGCUACGAGAAGCUUGAAAACAAAUGGAGUGAACUAGCACUCAAUCUAUUGACCGGUGAUCAGGGGUCCAUUUCAUAUGUGCUCGUGGGACGAGGAGGGUGGUCCAGUGCCAUAGUAACUCCUGCAAGCCAGGUCAUGGCAGCUGGUAUGUUCAGCGGGGCUGACCGUGAAUGCCCUUCGGCUUGCCACCAAUGUCACCUAGACCGAGUAGAGGGAGGUGUCCAUCAGUUCGUGUAUAUUCCUGCGAGCGUCUACAGACCUCUGACCUCCCAUUGGUUGGCUGGUGGUGCCAAGAGAAAGACGUGGCAACUCCUAAGAAUUGUGCAAGAUUCGAUCUUUGCGAGAAUUCGAAGGGUGUGUUGGCAGAUUGUCUGGUGUGCUCAAAGGCCGACGGCGAUGAUUGGAUGCCAAUGGCACAUGAAUGCAAGCACGCCGCUAACUCUAGCUCGCGCUGACCGUCAGCGAGUGAUGUCAUGCUACCUUUCCGAGGUUUGCAGCUCCCCAGAAUGAAUGAUAGCACGACUUUCGUCGUCGAGGCAUGGGAUCCUGUAGUGGUUGUGGACGUUGACAGCGACGGUGAUAUCAGAGUCCGUAGCGCGGAUGGCGUGGAGAGCAAUUGGAUCCACCGUACACUUUUCGCUUACAACAUAGAUAAACAGAGCAACGCCUCGCGGAUAUGCGUAGCCUUCACUUGCUUAAACGGCGAGGCACAGCGCUCAGACGGCUUGCUCGCUGGCCAUGAGCAUUCCAUGUUGCAUGUUCAUGAGUCCGAGCCAGGUAACGCAGCACAAGUGUGCAAGAUUAAGGAUCGCGUUGGCUUCCAGCAUUUCUGUAACUCGCCUGACAGUCAGAAUGCUGCAUGGCACGAUGUAGACAUCAAGCCCAUCAGUUCUUCACUGCGCUUGGUGCGCGUGCGCAAUCCUUGGGGCGGCGGGGACAUGUGGAACGGAGCUUGGUCUGAUAAGGACCGCACGUGGCAGGAGCACGCAGGUAUGGCACAAGCAGUUGGCAUGGAGCCAGCCGAGGACGGAGCGUGGUGGAUGACCU